CACAUUUUGUGGGUAUAUAUAAAAGAUAGAGCAGUAUUUUCAUUUUUAAUUAUUGUGCUUAUUCAAGAAACCACUGAGACUAAGCCUGAGCUGAAAAAAUGUUGAAAUUGGUCUUCCUUGUUUGCUGCGCCUUUGCCUUGGCAGCCGCCGCUCCCAAACCAACUUACGGCUAUGGAUACGGCGGAUACGGAUAUGCACCCAGGGUAGCAGUAGUGGCCCCAGCCCCGGUGGUGGCACCCGUUGCUGUCGCCGCCCCUGUCAACUACGUUGAGCCAGUUUAUGAUGCUCCCCAUUAUGGAGGUUAUGGAUACGGCUACGGCUACGGCUACGGCUACGGACAUGGUCAUUAUUACUGAAGUGACUUGAAUAGGCACCUCUUUUAUUCGUAAAAAAAUGUAUAUAGUUGGUUUUAAAUAAAUUUGAAAAAACAUU